AUGGGGGAGGCUCCAGAAAGGAUCCAUAUAAAGAACUGCUACGCUGAGCCAUGGAAGGUCCCUUACUCGGACAUUCGCUUGGCGAGCAAGCAGACGGAAUCGGUUGGAAUGGCCUGCAGUUACCGAUAUGUUGCGGCCCCAUGGGAUGUUGGUGGGGGUGGCAUGAUGGGCCUCAUUAACCUGGCGGACUGUGGCCGGAAUCCGCCGGUGACCAAGAUAAAGGGACACACUGGGUCUAUACAAGACCUAGCAUUCAGCCCCUUCUAUGAGUCGAUUCUUGCCUCUGGAUCAGAGGACAUGACGAUCCGCAUUUGGGACGUCCCCAGCGAUCCGCCUCCUGGGCACGAGCUGAAAGACCCUGUGGCCAUCUUGACGGGCUCUGCCAAGAAAGUCAUCGCUACAGAAUGGAAUCCUGUGGCGGAUUUUAUCCUUGCAUCGGGUUGCUUCGACGGAACCGUUGCACUAUGCACCAGCAAAGACAAAGCCCUGAGCAUAAUUGACCCCCGAGCAAAGAACGUUGUGGCCUCUGUUACUUGCCACGAGGGCCCCAAAGCAACCAAGUGCUGUUGGGUCGAUGGAUUCGCGGGCGCAGCUGGUCACGUGCUCACUACUGGCUCUAGCAAGACUAACGUUAGAGAAUUGCACCUGUGGGACAUCAAGAACAUAACCAAGCCGCUUAUUCGCGUGGAAAUUGACCGUGGGUCGCAGCCAUUAUAUCCGAUCUUCGACGAAACCCUCGGGAUGCUUUAUGUGGCAGGCAAGGGGGACGGAAACCUACGGUACUUCCAGUUCUUUGCAGGAGAACUUCGUCGUGUUGACGAGUACCGAUCGAACGUUCCCAUCAAGUCCUUCUGUUUCAUUCCGAAGCUUGCCGUUGACCAGAAGCGAGCAGAGAUAGGGCGGAUGCUCAAGAACGAGAAUGGAAAGGUUCUUCUUCCCGUUUCGUUUAUUGUCCCCCGAAAGAACAUGGACGUGUUUCAGGCUGACCUCUAUCCGCCUACUCCUGGUGUCGAUGCAGCCCUGACUGCAGCUCAGUGGCUCUCGGGGGAAAAUGGAGAGGUCAAACGUAUAGCGCAUCAGCCCGGAAACACUCCACAGUUCAAGGGGGCUGCCAGGAGCAACUCGCCUCAAACGGGAGGGGUGCACAGGCUUGAAUCUGUCAGAAGCGUCUCUGGGCAAGCGCCGUCUGUGUUGCAAAAAACUGUAGAGAAGGCACAAGAUGAAACAAAAAGACUCGACGCUGUGAACAAGUCUCAGGAAACGCAGAUUCAGCGGUUGGAAGCUCGCAUCAGGGAACUUGAGCCUUUAGAGGCGAAGGUGAAGCAGCAGGAGGCCAGAAUCAAAGAUCUUGAGUCUGGGGAGUUGGAGGCAAAGAUUCAACAACUUGAAGCCGACAAUGUAUCUCUCCGAGCCCAGCUAGAAGAUAGCGCCACGAAGGUGGUUCAGGCUUUGAAAGAAAGCAAGGCCAAAGAUGAGGAACUCCAGAAGCUCCGUAGUCAACUGGAGGCAUCGGAGAAACAACUGGCGGAGCUGAGCAGCAACAUGGCAAGGGCCGAGGGCACACUGCAUCGAGCUGCUACUUUGUCGGGACUGGAUGAAGGUGUUCGCCAGGAGUUUAACGAAAUGAGGGACUUCUUUCGGGAGAUUCUAGAUGGGACAUUAGUUGAACUCAACACGGAAUAG